AUGUCUGCUGUUAACCCCAAGGCCUUUCCCCUCGCUGAUGCUACUUUGACCAACACCAUUUUGGACCUUGUUCAGCAGGCUUCUCAUUACAAGCAGCUCAAGAAGGGUGCCAAUGAAGCUACCAAGACUCUCAACCGUGGUAUUUCCGAAUUCAUUGUGAUGGCUGCUGACACCGAGCCUCUCGAGAUCUUGCUUCACUUGCCUUUGCUUUGUGAGGACAAGAACGUUCCUUACGUCUUCCUUCCAUCCAAGACUGCUUUGGGUCGUGCCUGCGGUGUCUCUCGCUCCGUUAUUGCUGUUUCCAUCACCUCGAACGAAGGUUCCGAUCUCAAGCCCCAAAUCCAAUCGAUCAAGAACCAGAUCGAAAAGUUGCUUAUCUAA